AGUUUGAGCCGUUCACUCGUGAAAUAUGAAAGCUUACUUAGUUCUCUUUUCUAUUGGUUUGCUCUUCGGAACAGCCAAUGCCCUCAAAUGUUAUCAGUGUCGCGGUGCCAACAGCGAUUGCGAGAAAUUGAAAGAUGUUACAGAAGUGAACUGUGAGAGCUUGAUGUUUGGUACAUCCGGUUAUCCCGACAACUUCAAACCACCAUUUCAAUCUCCUAUGUUAAAUGGCAAGACACCCUUAUGCGUUCAUUUUGCUUACGAUAUUCAAACGUAUAGAGGAUGCAUGAUGACUGAGAAAACAGAAUUAGCAACGCAGUGUAAUAAAUUGAAAUCGGAUUUUCAAAAUGUAAAUGAACCUUACACCUGUGACUAUUGCGAAUUAGAUAAUUGCAAUGGUAAUUCUAGAAUCACAGGACACCCAUUCGCACUGCUGAUGGCCAGUUUACUAUUCAUUAAGGGUGUUCUAUUACACUAAUUUUCAUAAUAAACAACGUUGUUGUUAUAUUAAUGAAUAAAAGACUAUUUUUUUUUUAUAAUAUCUGUAAUAC